AUGUCCUCCCAAUAUUAUCCCCCCCAGCAAAAUUACCCACCGCCGCCGCAAUCCCCUCCCGCGAACCAGACCAAGUUCUCGUACCCUGCUCCUCCCUCACAACCUCAGCGCAGCCAUAGUGGGAGCUAUCCUCCGCCGCCUCAGCCCUCGCAAGGGCAGUCGCAAAACUACCCUCCUCCACCCCAAGCUGCCGGACAACACAGCAGCAACAAUAGCUACCCUCCUCCUCCUCCUCAGUCAAGCACGCCCCAGAACUAUCCGCCUCCUCCCCAGUCGCCAGGACAUGGCGCAAGCUAUCCUCCUCCUCCGCAGGCAUCGCCGAGUCAGGGGAGGACGUACCCGCCUCCUCCCCAAGGCACCACGACGCCCUCACAGAACCAGUCGCAAUACCCGCCACCUCCCGGCCUUUCUCAGCAGCAGCAGCAGCAGUAUCAAUCACCCCCUCAGCAGUCGCCGCAGCCCUCCCCUCAGCACCAGCACCAGCACCAGCAACAGCUACAACAGACGCAGCUUCCCCUACGGCAAUCAGGCACCCCCGAUUCGCAGCCUCAGUUCUCCCCUCCGCCUCCCGCCUUCGACGGACCGCCCGAGGCCUCCAGCCUGCCAGAGAAGCAGCACGUAGAGGAAGCACCGGUAGACACGAGCAACCCGUCCAACCUCGUGGGAGGUGCGCCCCCGCCCCAGCACUUCAUCGGCGCCACCGCGACCGUCGACGACGUCGGGACCUUCAACGGAGGCAGCUACCGCAUCAGCCACCGCGACAGCAAUACCAUCUUGACCGUCCAGCUCGCCAUGGGGUGUCCGCUGCAGGCGAAGCCCGGUGUGAUGGUCGCCAUGUCGCAUUCUAUCACGCUUAGGGGCCAGAUCAAGUUCAGCAUGAAGAAGCUCGUGGCUGGCGCUGAGCUGGCGAGCUCGACGUAUGUCGGACCCGGCGAGCUUCUCCUGGCGCCGCCUAUGCUCGGUGAUGUCACUAGUCUGCGUCUCACGGGCAAGGAGACGUGGUCGGUUGGGCAGGACGCCUGGCUGGCUUCUACGCAGGGUGUCAUCAAGGACUACAAGCGUCAGGGUCUCAGCAAGGCCAUCUUCAGUGGCGAGGGCUUGUAUGUGUACAAGAUUAGCGGUACUGGACUGCUUUGGCUUACCAGUUUCGGUGCCAUCAUCCGCAAAGAUCUCAUGGAAGGCGAGAAGUACGUUGUUGAUAACGGCCACUUGGUUGCGUGGAACGUGAAGUACAUUAUGGAACGAGUUGCCUCUGGUGGUAUCAUCUCUGGCCUCUCCUCUGGCGAGGGUCUGGUGUGUAAAUUCACCGGCCCAGGAACUGUCUUCAUGCAGACGAGGAAUGCGAAACAUUUCAGUGCCUACUUGUCUGGACAGGCAAACCAAGGCAUGUAG